AUGACGUGCUGCUUGAGCGAAGAACAGAGGGAGAUCAGACGAAUCAACGCAGAGAUCGAAAAACAGCUCAGACAGGACAAGAAAAAUCAAAGGAGAGAACUGAAAUUGCUUUUACUCGGUGAGCAUGGGUUAUGUUGUAUUCGAACGCAUUCAUAUUUGAUCGAAUGUAAAGGAAGAACCGCGCUAGCUGUUGCUCAAAACUGGUCGCAUGGAGAUGCUCGCUCGACAAAACACAGAUAAAAACAUAAAUAUAAAACAUAUACAUUUAUAUAGAAAUAUAUAUACAUAAAUAUGCUUUAUACACUCAUAUAGAUGUAGAUUUCUUUAAAUGAAGCGAGGAGCGCUCGGUUUUCUGACUUUGCGAGAUCGGUGAAUGUGUGUUUGACCGCUCUCGCGAGGUUCGAUUGUUCCAGACCUUCUCGACUCCAUGUUGUUAGCGCUCUAUCAUGUUUGGUAUAAAUACCCAAAUUUAAUCCUCACUGCCCCUAAAUAAAUUAAGACUUUCUUGUAACCUGCAUAUUGAAUAAAUAAGUUAAAAGGGCUUUAUUGUCGACCAGCAAAAUUCAAGUUGUUGGCUCAGCAUGGAAAUGUCGAACCUUGGAGCGAAUGUUGUUUCUGUACACAUUUCGUUAGCAAGUGCGGGAUGUUUCCAAGCGAGAUUCUAUAAUUAAUGUGGGAUGUACUCUUUUUACAGGAACUGGAGAAUCAGGCAAAAGUACGUUUAUAAAACAGAUGAGAAUUAUACACGGCCAAGGCUACAAUGAAGAAGACAAGCGAAGCUACAUCCCUUUGGUUUACCAGAACAUAAUAACAGCGAUGCACUCCCUUACGACAGCAAUGGAAUCUUUGAAUAUCCCUUACAAGGAUCCAAGUAAUAAGGUCUGAAUAGACUUCUCGAAUACUUUAUGACCUUGUUUUUAACUUACGUUAUUUUAUUCCUCAAUUGGUUGAAAAUCUGCCCGCUCUUGAAGGCUCUAAGGCUUAGUUCAAUUUCAUUUUUUUUGUGUGCGAAUUUUGUGUUGAUGUUCCUUAAAAAUUUGACGUUUAUUUUCCAUUUUUUUUAGGAGAACGCCAAGUACAUUAGAGAAAUAGAUCCUAAAAAUGUAACGACCUUCGAAAAUUCAUAUUACGAAGCUACUAAAUCACUUUGGUGUGACCAAGGCAUGCAAGAAUGUUACGACAGAAGAAGAGAGUACCAACUCAGCGAUUCUGCUAAAUAGUAAGAUUAUCAUAAUGUUCCUUCCCUUUCCUAUACUUUUUUCUUAUUGAAAUAUUUUGUUUCAACUGACGGAUUUGCUGAAACAUCCGUUUCUCGAAAAUAGCCUUCUGUAUUUGUGCUUACAACUUGGGGAGUUAGUUACCAAAUAUUCACGCCACAUUCGUUUUUCUCUCAUCCCAUCUGGAAUAUCCUCAUUGAAUGCCUUUGUUUCCGAAAGUUAUUGCUAGUAGUCAAAUUUAUUUCUUUUUUAUCUUCUUUCGGCCUUGAUUUUAAAACACGUAUCACCAGUCAUUUUAGAAUUAGCAAUAUUUUGUUCGCGAGCUAUGAUACCCUCGCGCGGCAAGAUGGCUUGUCAAUUUUUGCUUGAAAUUGUGCUCAGAUAAUGAGCAGCAGCUUUUGAAAAUGCAAUUUGCUUCACUUGGCCUCUUCUAACCCCAUCUCUAAACCACCCAAGGAAGAAAUUCAGCUUCGAAUAUUUAUGCCCUGGAGAUGGUAAAAGUUUAGAUCGCGAAUCAUUUUUGCGAACUAUCGACAGUUGCGAAUUUUCUCUCGCAUUAUCGGAGUCAACUUCUGUUCUUUUACAUUAUGGUAACGUAACUUGUAAUUCUUACAGAGCUUGCUUUUCUCGAUCUUUUAGCUACCUCACGGAUUUAGAUCGAAUAGCCAAGCCCGACUAUCUCCCUACAGAACAGGAUGUUCUUCGAGCAAGAGCCCCUACCUCUGGGAUCAUCGAGUAUCCGUUCGAUCUCGAAACGAUAAUUUUUAGGUAAGGUUUAUUUUCUUUUCCACCAUUUAUACUGUUAUUUGAUCUCUAAGCAACGGCAACAGCAAUCCUUUAGAUUCUUGUUGGAGCUGAUAAAGGGUCAUAUGGAAUUAAAUUUAUUGCAUUUCUGUUAUUAUGAGGGCUCUAUUUUCCCCUUCAAAUUUGUCUUAAAUGAGCAGGAAAUUUCUCCCACACAGGAUGUCAAUGUAGUUUGCUUGCUUUUCUAUGCAUCUCAUGGCUAUGAAUCUGCAUAAAUGUUGAAUGGCAAAGUUUGUUUGCCAUGAAUAUUUUGAACUGAUCGGUUAUCCUUGUCUAUUUUCCCAUCUUUAACCCACUGGUCCAUGGAUGAUGAAUAUGUUAACAUGUUACAAACUACCUCAUUAUUUCCCAAGUAACCCUUGACAUUUUAAAGUUCUUUUUAUCUUGUGAUGAAAGACUGAAGUAAUAGCUUGGAACUCUUUUGUAAUCUUUUGACCUGUUUUAAUAUUAAUAAAGUUUCCUUCCUUAAAAGUGAUAACCACAUGUACUUUGGAAAUUUGAGCUCUCCUGUACCCCCAGUCUUUACUCUUAGGAUCACAUUCAGCUGAAAGGAAUUGAAAAUGAAAUUUGCAAGUACAUAACUAUGUUAAAUGCUUUGCAGAAUGGUUGAUGUAGGAGGGCAAAGAUCAGAAAGGAGAAAAUGGAUUCACUGCUUCGAAAAUGUGACGUCGAUUAUGUUCCUUGUUGCGCUCAGUGAAUAUGAUCAGGUUCUCGUUGAAUCUGCCAAUGAGGUAAGCAUUUUUUUUGCAAUUUUAUGGUGUUAUGCACUCGACUGUCCUCACUAGGGUAAUAUCAACAACUGUCCUAAAAUGUUGAGGGUGUAAAGGAUAUGCCUGUGCUUUGUUUAAUGUUAUGCUGAUACAGCUGAAUUAUAAAAUGAAUGAGGAAAUGUGCUAGUUGUGUUGCCUGCAAACAAGAAUAAAUAGAACAGUGUAGGGUUAUCAAUUUUACUGCAUCGAUAGUCUGCCUUUACUGUAGUAUUUUUGGCAUCGUUAGAUUGAGCUUUUAUUAACCAACUGAUAGUGUGAAAAUUGAGUCUGAGAAAAAUGCUAUUACUUUUUUCAAAGUCGCCUUUUGGUGACCGUGAUUGUUAUUAGAUGGUCACCAGUAUAAAGUUUUUGUGGCUGGAAUAUCGAGACAAACAGACAAAUUAGGACACAGUUUGCAGGACCAGGACUCGUGCAACUGCAUGCCCGCCAUAUUUCUGCAUGCCUCUUCCAUUUCUAGUUAAAGGGAGUAGUUUUUUUCAGGGCUUGAAAUUAAAAAAAUUCCAAGUGGAGAAAUAGUGGCCAGAUGCAAAUUUUUUAGUUGCCAGUUUGUACAAUGUAAAUGACGCAGCUCAUAGUAUGGCAUGAUCCGUCAGACUUGAUUGUUUGAGAAUAUCACGGACAGAAGUCAGUAUAAAUUUGGAGGUAAACUGGCUUUGUUUAUGCAAUGUGGCACAUUUUUAUCACGAAAGCAAAGCAAGAUAAGAUGAAAAGUUUGUUUUUACUUUAAAUCUAAAUCGUAGAGAAAUCUGGUCGCCAAAGUGGUGACUAAACCAGAAUUUUUAGUUGCCAAGGAGCAAAUGGUAGCCACAUUGACGACUGUAUCAGUCGCAAUUUCGAGCCCUGUUUUUACAUGCCAAUUACUCUAAUUUGCAUUCAGUCCAACCACCCCUCAUUAGCAACCAGCCCUUUUAAUCACUUGUCUACAUGGUGGGUGUUUAAAAGGAAAGGGGGAGUGGAUUCCAGCUGUGCGAGAAGUGUAAAAGGUGCGCAAGGGGGAGGGUAGGGAACACUUGAAAGGACAGUGUUGUCUUCUUCAUAUUUCACGUCUACCAGAGACUUGUAAAAAUCAUGAUUGGUCAGAGUUCUAAACAUGUCAAUCAGAGCGUUAAUACCUUAAUGUGAUUGGCUGAAAUCAACGUCAUUCAGUACUCAUUAGAUGUGGCGAGUGAAGUGGGAAGAGAUUUCAAGUUUGUCUUACCGCAAUUUGUUGUGAGAAAUAGAAACUGGAGGUACGGAGGACAUUAAGUUUAGCUUGAAAGGAGAGUAGAAAGAAGCAGUUAAACAACUGCAUGAAACAAAAGACCUGUUGGCAGAUGAGUUUUACUCACUUGUUGUUUUAACGGCUCAAAGAAAAGGAAAUCAUGCUGCCUGUGUACUAGUUAUCUGCUGUUUGACCGGCAUUAACAACCACCAGAUUGUUGACAAUGAAGCGAUCUAAUCCUCAGUGAUUUUCAGUUUUAGGACUUAUUCUUGCUGGUAAUAAAACCUGUAGGAACUUACUUUUAUUCCAGCUCUCUCUCAGAUCCUGGAAGUUCUGCUCUUCCACACUAGCAGCAUUCUUUUGUAUGCUCCUCUGGGUCCAAGGUGUUCCAAUAGGAUUUCAAAGAGUUAACAAAGUGUUUUAAUUUUUGUCGGACAAACAUUGCAUAUAAGCUGUAAAAAGCCUAGUUUUCCAGCCCAAUUCCUUCAGCAACAGCUAGAAAAAAUCAUUGCUGCAUUUUCUAUUGCUGAAAUUUAAACUAGUUUCACAAACUAAGCACGUGUUAUUGCCUUUUUUCUUCCUUCAUUGGACAACCGCGGUUGGACCUUCUUCUUUUCUUUGAGUUCUUGUUUUAAGAAAACGAAAGAAAAAUUGUGCGAGAAAUACGAAUAGAGAACAUGCAUUGCUCCCAGAUUUAUUUGACAGCUAGACUUGCACACAGUUGUGUUGUAUUGCGUACAUAAUUAGUCAGCGGGAUGGUGAAAAUAGUGGUGUCCUUGCAGGUGUUCCACCCCUCCUUUCUCCCUCUCACACCAUCUUGUGCCCAAAUUCCCUCCCCCUUUCCUUCUGAAUGCCUGCCAUGCAGGCUAACAAAACACCAGUCAUAGUGCCCUAGCUGAAACCUAUUGUAAAUGACCACCUCUGGGUAUGCGGAAUGUAAAAGGAACAUUUAGAGACAACCUAGAACUACAGAUAACUUAGAAAUUACAUGCAGUAAAUUCUCCUCCAAGAAGGAGAUAAGUCAGGACCUCUUCAUGAAAAAAGACACCAAGUCUUAUACAUGUUAAGGCAUGGGUCACCUCAUAAUUUGCAUAAUUUGGCCAAGUGGCAAUUGAAACGGAUUGUUUUGAGCAGUCGUUACGAAACUUGGCAAACAGUUUUAGCUUGGUGGCCUUAACAAUAUGUGACCUAUUCAUUGUUGAAAUAUUAGUCAUGUGACCUGCAAAUGAUUGUUAAUGUUCAAAGUGUUCAAAUUAAAACAGGGGAAAGGAAAUGAAAGAGCAGCAAAUAUUCGUAGGCACCAGUGUUUCUCCCGUGGCCUGGAUAUUAUGAAAUAGCCCUGCAUGCAUGCCUAAGUGCUGCAAGGAUUACGAAAUAAAGAAAAACAGGUCACGUGACUUAUAAAAGAUUUUAAUAACUCUUAGUAAAAAUGCUUUAAUCCACCUUGCAAGGCUAAUUGACAAUCCAGACAGUUUCGCUGACAAUUUGAUGACAAGUAUUUUUAGGCUGAAGUUUAAUAACCUUGCCCUGUUUGAGAAAACAGGUUUUGUGACGUCAUGGUUUAAGGAGAUGUCUUAUCAUAUCCUUGUGGAACCAAUCCUUGUGCAUUCUCUGCGGGAGGUCUUUUUAGCGUUUCAACCCAUGCCAUAGCUUGCCUGAGGUGGUUUGAUUCUUGUAAGUGACCACAAAAUCUUUGCAUUUGGAGUGGUCACUUGCCAGGGGGUUUGACUGUAUUUCGCUCGUAUGUCGUUAGACACUAAUCACUUGCUGUACUCUUGUUGUCUUUUUAGAAUCGAAUGGAGGAAAGCAAGGCAUUAUUUCGUACUAUUAUCACGUAUCCCUGGUUUCAGAACUCUUCCAUCAUAUUAUUUUUAAACAAAAAGGAUUUGUUGGAGGAGAAAAUUAUGUUUUCACAUUUGGUGGAAUAUUUCCCAGAGUUUGAUGGUGAGUUCUAUUUAUCGUUGAGCAGUAGCUUCUUAGCAGGGUAGCAAGUGUCUGUAACAUUAUGUGCCGGUUUUCUAGUGAAAUGAAGCAACUAUCUUUGUCAGGGAAUUACUGGGCCCUACUUUCCAUCCAUGGCAAAACUAAUUCAUUCAAGUGAAAGCAGAUGCUUUGAAAACAAAAUGGUGGCCUGUUUCGAGUUCAACGAUCUGAAAGAUAAAGAAAGCGGUUUUUUUUUUUGCGUCCGUGAAAAACAACCAGGGGGAAAGGCAAUGUUCAAAAGUAAAUUUUGUCAUGAAUUGGGAGAGAUGAAAGGAAAUAUCUUCUCAAAAGUACAAUUGAUGACUGCUAUAGCUGUAGAAGACAUUUGAAGAUGGCUGUUAACCAUAAACAACAAAAUAUUCUCUUGAAUACUGCAGCGAUGCCUUAAAGACAAAUUUAAAGCUGUGAAUUAUGAUAGUUUUGGAGAAUAUAUUCAGUAAUAUAAAUAUCACUGUUUUGGUUCCUUUGUUUGCUGUAAGAUUGUCUUUGUAGUGAUGUAUUUUUUAAUUGCACGAGGUUUGCAGUACAUGCAAGAUUCAGUUAAUAUCAUUUUAUGUAAUUUUUUUUUUGGAAAAAUUGCCACUUUCCAAGCUGCUGUUUUCCAAGGCACUUUUUCUUUAGGAUAGCUGGUGGCCAGAGGGUUACUACUAUUAAAUUAUGGUUUAUAUGUAGAAUGAAAUUCCAAAAUAUUUGGGUAAAGGCAUCAGUUAUUAUAACAGACAUCAGAUCAUAACAGGUAAUACAACCCUAGGUUUAUUAGUAAUAAGAUUGUGUUUUCCAGGGAAUAUCUUCAGAAGCUAUGUUUUGGUUUACCAGUCAAGUUGAGCAUAGUAGGUGCUCAUUUUGGCUGGUGCAAGAUAACAGUCUUAUUUAAUGGGGCUGUGUGUCAUGGCUGUCUUGUUCAUUUGCCACUAUGCGUCCUUAUUGGCUGUGGAACUUAAUGUUAGAGAAGAAAUAACUUGUAAAUGACAAAAUCACUGCUUCUUGUCCAACAAAUAUACCCCCCCCCCCCAAGCAUUAGAUGAAAGGUGUGUUCCUUACGAUGAAUCCAAUUGGACCUAGAUCUUAAAAUGGAUUUCGUGUUCCCUUUUGCAAAUCCAAAUCCAGAUUUUUGAUCUGGUGAGUCCUUUUCAAAAAGGAUUCAUUGGAUUUGAAAUCCAAAGAAUCCAAAUCCAGAUAAAUGGAUUAGUGAUCUACACUGUACUCUGCUCCAUUUAUGAUGGAGUCAGAAUUAGUCAGCUGAUCCAGCGGUAUUUCCUAUUGAAGUGUGCCCUUAGCCUGAGUUUCAGACGAUUACUUCGAGUUGUCUUUACUUCCUCAAUAACAUCUGAAUCGACCUGCUGUUAAUGCCGUCCACUAACGUCAUGACUCCUUUUUUUAACUCUUGCAAAAAGUAAAACACGAUUUUCAAUUGACAAACAAAGAAAUGUUGUCUCGAAAUGUACACGUUAUGGCAGAAUUGCUUUUCUCUUUUUGACCAUAAUUCAUGUGUAAUGUUCAAACUGUCAACUGCAUGCAGUACUCUAGACGACUGAAGUGGAAUUCAGUAAUAAAACUCGAACGCAAUCACACCAUGAAAUAAGUAUACACACGGAACACUUCAAAAACACAACAAUUUGCUUUAAUUGAAAAAGGUCGUUAACGAAGAAGAAAGAAAAAAAAAGGAAACAAACGCUAACAAAAUCAUUACUCUUGAUGGUGGAAAAGGCGAGAAAGUCGAACUAAAACUUAACUGUUAGGCCAACCCACAAUUGCAAUCCGUUUUAAUGUUCGUCAAGUUUAGCCAUCUCUGCCUUCUUUUGUACAUGCUUUGUUCCUUAUGACAGUUAAUAAUUAUUUUGAGUGGUUAUUAUUACAUUUCACUGAAUUUGGUGGCAGUUCCUACAGUUAGUUUUUUGAUAAAUUUUGUGACACAGCUCCUUUAAGGGGAAUGUGCUCUUGAUAAAGUGGAACAUCGCUUUUCGGACACCCGCUUAAUAUAGAAACCUUGUUAUUACAGACAGUUCUCUUUUUCCUUAGGAAAAGUCCUAAGCAUGUUCUCUAAAUUCAACGCGCUUAAUGCGGUUGCCUGUUAAUGCAGACAACAGGCACCUGUAUCUAAUUUGCCCAAUGGAUAGAUUCUCAUAGAAAGUUAACCUCACUAAUGGGGACACUUUGUUGUCAUGGACUUUUCCUUCUUGAAGGUAAAAAAAUCUUUAGUUGACAUGUCGAUGUUCCCAGCACUAUAGUAGACCAGAUACCAGUGCCCGAAAUUAACUUUUGGGUCUGGUCUUCCUCAGGACCAGUGGGAUUAAAAUUUACUGGUCCAAUGACAAAACUACUGAUCACUCUUAUCAUUUUCAAAUAAAGUAAUAAAUGCAACUGCAAUUAAAUAAACACAACCGGAGUAUUUAUUUUUUUACGCUGUACAUAGCUACCAAAGCAAGUGUCUUACAGUAUGACUUCUCAGUUCUCAUGUGCUUUCAAGCUCUCUGUUUGCAUAUUAUUCGUUCCGAUCCUCAGGUUCGAUGGGAGUAUUUUGUGUUUUUCCUAUUCAGGAAUUUUGUAUUCCCUAGAAAACUCUCAGAACAUUUUGUUUUCCUUUCCAUCAAACCUCAGCUGUUUGUAGUUAUCCUUCCAUGCCUCCAGGAACUUGUGUGUUUUUUUUGGUCAGAGCAGGUGUUUCAGAUGCUGUGUUAAUUUCUUUAUCAUCUGUUGAUUGCUUUCCUUCAAAGAAGGACCACAGUGAGCCUUGCACUUGUUUCCCUUUUGACUUAAUUUGGCUCACAUUUUGAUUCACCAAAGGUAAAUAGACACGGACCUUCGAAACAAAAAGCCGCCAUCUUGUAUCCUGCAGUGCAUUUUGUUUCAAGUAGAACCCAGACUUUCAUUUGUUUCAAGGUAUUGGUAUGAUCCAAAAAAAAAUUACGUGUAUUUCUCAGAGAGUGAUAACUUUACUUGUCCAGAGGACUAGUGGGGAAGAAAAAUACUCAUUUUCAGAAUUUUAACUCGUUUUGGACGAGUGGACGAGCGUUAAGUUUGAACACUGGAUACGAUGAUUGUAUACGUCAAUUUCAGGCUGUUUUCAGCCAACGCACUAGUUAUGCAUAGAAUGGUUUUCCUUAAGUAGUAAUAAGUGAGUGUUCUUUUUUAGUGUUCCUGGGCAAUUAGUCAACUGAAUGAUGACUUUGUGGUAGUUAGAUAUGUUUAGUUUGACCAUGCUGACUUCUUCUUUUAUUUCUUUAGUAUGUUGUUCUAAUAAAAAGUGUUUUUUGACAUUUUUGACAUUAAUAACACAACGCUCUAAAUACGAACAUUCUCUGGCCCCUUUAGUGUCCAUAUUAACAGGGUUUGACUGUAUUGACCCUUUAAGUCUCAAGAUCCCCAUGCAAAUUCUCCAGACUGAUCUCCACGCAUUUCUUUUAAGAAUAGUUAAGAGAAUUUGGUUUAAGAUCAAAGUAUUCUCCCUCUGAAAAUCAGUUUAGAAAUUCUCUUCACCUUUACCCUCGAUGAUCUGCUGAUGUUGUUGGGAGAAAAUUGAUGUUGGUCACUCUUGGGAGCUAAAGGAUUAAGCAUUGGUGUGCCGGGGUGUUCAGUUUUUGUAGAGAUUUUGUAAUGUCAAAUAUUAAAUAUGAUUUGUAUGAAAUUUCUUUGCAGGGCCCCAGUGUGAUGCCCAGGCAGCUCGUGAGUUCAUCCUUAAAAUGUUUGUUGACCUGAAUCCAGACUCAGAUAAGAUAAUCUACUCUCACUUCACGUGUGCCACAGAUACAGAAAAUAUCCGGUUUGUAUUUGCGGCAGUGAAGGACACAAUACUCCAGUUAAACUUAAAAGAGUAUAAUCUAGUUUGAAUAGAGUUGGUCCGACAGAGAUGUUAUUAUCUGUAUUAAGAAACAAUGGCAGGCAGGCUGUAAGAGAUUCAAUUAGGGGAUGGAAACUGUAGAAGAUUACAAAAGUGGUUGAAAGAGAUUUCUUUAUUUAAGAUCGCUUGUCUUCAACUGAUUCUAGUAACUUGCUUUUGUGUACAAAAUUCCCCAAGAGCAAGAGUUUCUGUGUGCGAAUAUAGCUAGUAUUCAAGUUAUGAGACAAGUGCGGCACUGUGAAUUUUUUUCCAGUAUGGUUCAACACAGUUGAAUGUCGUGUAUUUUAAGAGUAUGAAAUGAAGUGACUGGAAAUAUUUUCCAAGUGUUAGAUAUAGCUAGAAUAUGUCAUAAAUGGAAAAAAAUAUUAGUUUUGUUUAUGCAGUUUGCUCCCUGCUCCCCUGUUGUUGCGACUUUCAGCUAAAAAGUAUGUAUUUCCUGAAAGCGAGAUCAAAAUUCUCAUUUAUCCAGUCUUGCAAAAAUUUUGUAUUAAUUGGCUUUAGGAAAAAAAAUGUUUUGUGUUCUUUUGCUUAUCUUUCAUUCCUUUUGCAAAGAGAUGCUUUGAAAAUGUUAUUUACAGUGCUGUCUUGCAGAGAUAACAGUAACAGCAGCUACUUGACUGCCUUCAAUUGGCCAUAAACAAAAUGUAUAUGAUAUUGAUAACUUAUCUUUACUGCAGCUAGUGACAUGUAGUUUCUUGUUAUUUCUUCUGUUCUGGGUAUGCUGGCUUCAGCCUGGACUGUUUGUUAUGUUUAGUGCAUUAUCGUUAUUUUUACAGUUUUGUUUUCGGCAUACACUCGCACAUUGUUUUCAGAAAGAUGUGCUGAACUGUGUAGUGUUCACUGUAAAUCAUGUAUAAUCUAUAGAAAGCUUAUAUUACUUAAUUAGAAUAGGUUUAGGAUUUCUUGUAUCCAAGUCCCAACACUUUCACUGUCAUACUGAUAGUACAGAUUACUUGCACUGUGUUUCUAAGCACAUCUUUAACUUUUGUUCUUACAACUUGAGAAAGCAGCUAAUCGCUGGUGCCCCCCAUAAAAUAAUGUCAACUUUUUUGCCAGUUGCUAGGGCAACUUUUGGAAGCAUCAAAUGCAGUUUUUUUACCCUUAGGGGCAGUGUCAUCCAAAACACCUUGAAAAAUUCUAAGAACAUUUUUUUGUCAACUUCAAAGAUAAUGUAAAGCAGUGGCUAAAUGUUGCUUUAAACCGCUACUCGUCAUGCUUUUGCCAAGACAUUGCCCCUAAAAAUUCUGUAUUUUGGCCUGUCAGUUGUAACCGUUUGACUCUCCCAUUGCAAUACCCUUGCCAGCCUUAGAAGUUUGAAUAUUUUGCUUUAGUAUUUACUCUUCACCCUUUAAGCCCCAAUAUCCACAUACAAAUUCUCCGAACUGAUCUCCAUAGAUUUUCUUAAGAAUUACUCAAGAGAAUUUGAUAAAAGAUCAAGGGGUUUUCCCUUUGGUGAUCAUUUGAUUAAUUCUCAUAACUUUUUCUCUUGACAAUGUAUGGAUAUUAUUAGGAGAAAAUUGUUUUUGGUCACUAUUGGCACUUAAAGGGUUAAUCCUUGAAGAGUCCCAUAAUUUCCCUGGGAAGUGAACAGCACAUAUUUUCCUCUCCUUGUGAGUGGUAACUUUUUGUACACUUGCUUAUUUCACUCACUCUCUCCACUACAGUACUACCCUGCAAGUAAGAAACUGUUCGGUUAAAAUUGGCCAAUUAGACAACUCUACACCAGAAUCCGUUAAAUUUUGGCCUAAAAAUUGAAACAGGUUCCUAUUUUGUGAAACCGUAUAAAAUAAUGUGUUCUCUGAAAAAGGGCAUCAACAUUUACAUGACUAGUGCUUCAAUUUUUCUUAUCAUAGUCAUUUAAACAUAAAUACUUACUUCGUAUGCAUAUUUUUUCCGUAAGAAAUAGCCUGAAUAGCACCACAUUCUCUUAACUUCAAUUUAAUGUUUUUGUCAGAAAAUAAGAACCAACCUAAAUUGCCUGAAUUUGUGCUCAUUACUAGUAAUGUGAGACCCUCUGUGGGUCAAUUUGAGAAAAGUAGGUUCUUACUUAGGCUCGACUUCCGCUGCUUUCUUGGGUCCUCCCCGAGAAUAGAAUUGGCUGAUUUGGCAACAGAACGGGAAUGUCAUUUGACUAAACCCGACUUCCGGGGCCCUACUUGCCGCUCUGCCAUUGGUCAAGCCAGUUGUUUGAUUUGCAUGUGCCAUCGUCAACUGACAUUCCCGCUCUGUUGCUAAAUUAGCCUACUGUUCAGGGGAGGGGCGUGGGCUCAUUUCCCAAACAGCGGCUGGUAAUUGAACCUAGUUC